AACCUCAAUAAAAAAAAUCAGGUCUGGAUUGUGUCAAAACCUAAAGUCAUGUAUUUCCACUUUAAUGUGCUAGGUUUAUUUUAUUUUAUUUUUUUUAAAGUGAACAUGUUAUUUGAUUGGACAGUGUGUUUGUACAUUUGUAAUAGUUUCCAACUGUUGGUAUAAAGCGCCACUCGUUGUUUGAACCCAGUCUGUUGUGGUAACAGUAUUUUUGAAGCACGCUAUAUUUUUUCUGCAUGUGACAACGCAAUUUGGGAAAUAGGUCAGCCCGGUCUCAGAAGCUUGGAAGGAUGACAACAAGAAAACCGCAUGAAUACCUCCUAAACAAAUCUUGUGAAUUCACGAGCCUCAGACAAGAUUCCAGUCUGUGAUGUUUGGCCCUGGCACUGUGAUUAUUACUGGGCAAUGCUGAAUACAAGACUUUUUCAGCAACUGGGAUGGGUUUAGCCUCACAAUGGUUGCUUUGUGCUAGGCUCAGUUACUUAGGGAAGACAGAGAGGCUCUCGGGGGCUGCUAAAAACUCCAAGACAACACGACUCCAGAUGCUGUCUUUAUUUUGGAAAUUUCUGAGGUUUACAAAAUGCAGAUUCAAAGUCGAGAUCCCACUGGAGCUUAUGCCAAAGCAUAUUCAACUGAAGAGAAGUCGAAUACAGCCUUCCUUCUUCUGGUAAUUGGACUUGUGUACGCUGAGCUGAUGAAUUCAGACAUUCCUUGUGGGGUUGCAAAUAGAGGGAAACUGCGCAUGGUUCAUGGAUUGUUUGUUGGUAUUGCAGUCGUGGCUCGGAUCCUACAUCGACUGGGCAUUUGUCAUCAGGUUAGCUUUACCCGAUGGUUCGUGGCCUGUUUUCUCUAUCACCUGAAACAAGUUCCCGCAGGUCUGCGAGUGAAGGACAUGACAUUCUCAGAGGUGCCAGUGCGAGUAUAUGAACCUACCUCUGUGUGUGAUGGCUUGAGGAGAGGUCUAAUGUAUUUCCAUGGAGGCGGAUGGAUAUUGGGAAGUAUAGAUUCUGUUGAUGAAGUGUGUCGGCAUAUUGCCAUUGAAUCUGACACCACUGUGAUAUCUGUUGGAUACCGAUUAGCCCCUGAGCACAGGUAUCCUGCCCAGCUGGAUGAUUGUGAGAAAGCAACGUGCCACUUCCUGUCUGUGGCUGAGACAGAGUUCGGGGUGGACUCUCACAGAGUGGCAGUUGGAGGGGACAGCACUGGGGCUAACCUGGCAGCAGCACUGUGCCAAAGGCUGGCGUGCAGUGAGGACCGACAUCUGCCAUUCCCUUGCGCUCAGGUCCUCAUUUACCCAGCCCUGCAGAUGGCAGAUUUCAACUUGCCUUCCUACCAGCAAAAUCAUGCUGUGCCCAUAUUGUUUCGUGGCCGGAUGGCAUUCUACUUCCUGCAAUAUCUCAAUGGAGAUGUUUCUCUGUGCCAAGAAGUGCUGGAAGGUAACCAUGUCCCCACUGAGCUCAGGCCAUGCUACGAACUAUGGUUAUCCCCUUCCAACUUACCUCCUGAGUGCCUCACACGGGGUUUCUAUAAGCACCCAAGCCCAGAAUAUGAUGGGGAGGUGUAUCACGCAAUUAAAGAUGGUUUGGAACCUGAGGUUUCCCCUUUACUGGCAGACGAUGCUCUCAUUCAGAAAACCCCGCGAACCUUCAUCCUUACCUGUGAAUAUGAUGUCCUGAGGGAUGAUGGGAUUCUUUACAGGAAGCGACUUCUGGACCUGGGAAAAGAUGUCACCUGGCAGCAUGUGCUAGAUGGCUUUCAUGGCAUGAUUAACUUUUUUAACCAGGGCUGGCUCACAUUUCCCUCUGCAGUGCAAGUUGUGGAUGGUGCUGUUCACUAUAUAAAAACACUGUGAGGGUAAUAAAUAAGAUCCUGCAAUAAACUUUAUUCUACUUCCCAUCUUGUUUUACAUUUUAAUAAACAAAUGUGCCUCCAGUCUUUGUCAUUACCAUUAUACUGUUCACGGAAGCCACCCCCCCCAAUUCAAUAAACAAAAAACAGUCUUAUUCCAAAAAUGAAAAGUAGCCCGAGGA